UCAGAGACUAAAUGGCUUCCAGAUCAGAGGAGGAUCUCUGCUGUCCGGUCUGCAAGGACGUCUUUAAGGAUCCGGUUGUUCUGUCAUGUAGCCACAGCUUCUGUAAGGAGUGUCUGAAGAACUGGUGGAGAGAGAAAGCAGCACAAGAGUGUCCAGUUUGUAGGGAAAGAUCUUUAAAGGAUGAACCAUAUUUAAAUCUGGUUCUGAAGAACCUGUGUGAGACCUUCCUACAGCAGAGAGACCAGAGAGCUUCAGAGGAUCUCUGCAGUCUGCACUCUGAGAAACUCAAACUCUUCUGUCUGGACCAUCAGCAGCCAGUGUGUCUCGUCUGCAGAGAUUCAGAGAAACACACCGAGCACAGAUUCAGACCCAUGGAUGAAGCUGCUGAGGAUCACAAGAAGAACCUUCAGGAAACUCUGGAACCUUUAAAGAAGAACCUGGAGCUCAGGAAGAAAGUUCUAGAGGAGUUUGAUCAGACAGCAGAACACAUGAAGGUCCAGGCCCGACACACAGAGAGGCUGAUUAAGGAGCAGUUUAAGAAGCUUCAUCAGUUUCUAGCAGAGGAAGAGGAGGCCAGGCUGGCUGCACUGAGGGAGGAAGAGGAGCAGAAGAGUGGGAUGAUGAAGGAGAAGAUGGAGGCUCUGAGCAGAGAGAUAGCAGCUCUUUCAGACACAGUCAGAGCCACAGAGGAGGAGCUGAGAGCUGAAGACGUCUCAUUCCUGCACAACUACAAGGCUGCAGUGGAAAGAGUCCAGCGCUGCCCCCUGCUGGAGGAUCCACAGCUGCCCUCAGGAGCUCUGAUAGACCAGGCCAAACAUCUGGGCAACCUGGCCUUCAACAUCUGGAGCAACAUGGAGAACAUGGUCUCCUACACUCCUCUCAUCCUGGACCCAAACACUGCUCAUCCAUACCUCCUCCUGUCUGAAGAUCUGACCGGUUUGACUAAAGUGGAGAAACAGCAGCUUCCUGAUAAUUUAGAAAGACUUGAUAAUUGCUGCUUGGUUCUGAGUUCUGAGGGCUUCAACUCAGGGAACCACAGCUGGGAUGUUGAUGUUGGAGACAGUGGAGCUUGGAGACUUGGGGUGUUUGCAGAUUCUGGAGGGAGGAAAGGAUAUAUAACUUCUGCUUUAUGGGAAAUCUGUUUAAGUGGAGGUAAAUAUUAUCACUGGUCACCAGGAGUUCCUCUCAAAGAUCUUCCAGUGGAGAAGAAGCUCCAGAGGAUCAGAGUGAAUCUGGACUGGGACAGAGGAAAGCUGUCCUUCUCUGAUCUGGACACUGAGACAGAGAUACACACCUUCACACACACCUUCACUGACAAGAUGUUUCCUCACUUUGACACUGAGAAUCAAAUGCAGAUUUUAGCUGUGAAGUUCUCUGGAGAUCCACAGUCAAAGAUCUGACGUCACGUUUCAAAAAUGUUGAUUCAUGUUUUAUUGGAUUUCGGGGAUUUAUUUCAUAUUUAUUGUCACUUUUCUGUGUUACACCAUGAGGACAGUAGCAGCGGUUCUUCAAGCUGCGGCUGGACCUACUGGGCUUGGUCUGGAAAUCAAGAUGCAGAUCCAGGAUCUCAGAGAUGACCACUGCUGCUGAGUGGGAUGGACCCAUUUACAGCUGGUUCCCCACAAAGCUGCCCGCAUUCACUCUGAGCCUGGUUCUGGUUCUGCUGGAGGUU